GCCGCCGCCGAGCCGCAGCCGGAGCCGUUCGUCCCCGCCCGGCUAGGGCCGACGCUCCGCGGCGCGGGACACCAGCUGGCCCACCGGGGCCCCGGGCACCGCCCGCCAUGGCCACCAAGGCUCGGGUUAUGUAUGAUUUUGCUGCUGAACCUGGAAACAAUGAGCUGACAGUGAGUGAAGGAGAAAUCAUCACAAUUACAAACCCGAAUGUCGGCGGAGGAUGGCUGGAAGGAAGGAGCAGCAGAGGAGAGCAGGGGCUUGUCCCUACAGACUAUGUGGAAAUUUUACCGAAUGAUGGAAAAGAUCAGUUUUCUUGUGGAAAUUCGGUGGCCGACCAGGCUUUCCUUGAUUCCCUCUCAGCCAGCACAGCUCAAGCCAACGCGUCUUCUGCCAACAGCAGUAACCAGGUUGGUGGUGGCAAUGACCCCUGGUCAGCCUGGAAUGCCCCUAAAUCUGGGAACUGGGACAGCUCAGAUGCCUGGGGCACCAGGACAGACGGGGCUGGUGCUCAGAGGAACAGCGCUAACAACUGGGACACUGCCUUCGGCCACCCUCAGGCCUACCAAGGACCAGCAACUGGUGAUGAGGAUGAGUGGGAUGAAGAAUGGGACGACCCCAAGUCCUCAUCACCUUACUUUAAGGAUUCAGAGUCAGCUGAAACAGGAGGCACCACGCGGGGAAGCAGUCGUCCAGGCGCCUCUUCCAUGAAGCUGCCCCUUAACAAAUUCCCUGGAUUUGCGAAACCCGGCCUAGAACAGUACUUGUUGGCCAAGCAGCUGGCGAAGCCCAAGGAGAAGAUCCCCAUCAUUGUUGGAGAUUAUGGCCCAAUGUGGGUUUACCCUACCUCUACGUUUGACUGUGUGGUAGCAGAUCCCCGGAAAGGUUCCAAGAUGUACGGCCUGAAGAGCUACAUUGAGUAUCAGCUAACGCCCACUAACACUAACCGCUCUGUGAACCACAGAUACAAGCACUUUGACUGGCUGUAUGAGCGUCUCCUGGUUAAGUUUGGGUCUGCCAUUCCCAUCCCUUCUCUUCCAGACAAGCAGGUCACAGGUCGCUUUGAAGAAGAAUUUAUCAAAAUGCGUAUGGAGCGCCUUCAGGCCUGGAUGACCAGGAUGUGCCGGCACCCCGUGGUGUCAGAGAGUGAAGUUUUCCAGCAGUUCCUGAAUUUCCGAGAUGAGAAGGAAUGGAAAACCGGAAAGAGGAAGGCUGAGAAAGACGAGCUGGUGGGAGUCAUGAUAUUCUCCACCAUGGAACCAGAGGCUCCUGACUUGGACUUGAUAGAGAUCGAACAGAAGUGUGAUGCUGUGGGGAAGUUCACCAAGGCCAUGGAUGACGGUGUGAAGGAGUUGCUGACGGUGGGUCAGGAGCACUGGAAGCGCUGCACAGGCCCCUUACCCAAGGAGUACCAGAAGAUAGGGAAGGCUUUGCAGAGCUUAGCAGCAGUGUUCAGCUCCAGCGGGUAUCAAGGUGAAACGGACCUGAAUGAUGCAAUAACAGAAGCCGGAAAGACCUACGAGGAGAUCGCCAGCCUUGUGGCCGAGCAGCCAAAGAAGGACCUCCACUUCCUGAUGGAGUGCAACCACGAGUACAAGGGCUUCCUUGGCUGCUUCCCGGACAUCAUUGGUGCUCACAAGGGAGCAAUAGAAAAAGUGAAAGAAAGUGAUAAGCUGGUUGCAACUAGUAAAAUCACCCCCCAAGACAAACAGACGAUGGUGAAGCGCGUUGGCACCAUGUCUUACGCUUUGCAAGCUGAGAUGAAUCACUUCCACAGCAACCGGAUCUACGAUUACAACAGUGUCAUCCGCCUCUACCUGGAGCAGCAAGUGCAGUUCUACGAAACAAUCGCAGAAAAGCUGAGGCAGGCCCUCGGCCGCUUUCCGGUUAUGUAGACCAGAGUGGAACGCGAAAGAACUCCGAAGUGCUUCUUUCUGACCUGGGGCAAUGCAAUUCACCCUCCUCCCCUGCCCCAUA